AUGGCGAAACGAGAAGCAAGAUUCAGCACCGAUGUGCUCAUUGACACCACGCCCAUGCCCGACCACAUCCCGAAAGUCGAGGAGAUCGGAGCCAGUUCAGCACCCUUACUGAGCGCAUCCUUCUUCAUCGGUGCGAGGUGCCGACCGUACAAUGACGACUACAUGCAGUGCAAGACCGAGGCAUACGGCAGGGGAGAGUUGGAUUGCAUGCGGGAAGGGAGGAAAGUCACGAGAUGUGCAGCGAGCGUAUUGGCCGACAUCAACAAAAGCUGCCUAGAGGAGUUUCGAGCACAUUGGAGUUGUCUGGAGAACAAUAACCACCAGUUAUGGCAAUGUCGACGGCCAGAACGUGUGCUUAACCGAUGUGUCUUCCAGAAGAUCGGCUUGGAGAAGACAAUUCCCGAUACACCAAAGGGCCAGACGCCAAUUCACCUGCGAGACAAGCAGCUCUUUGCCGAUUAUCCACAAGUGGUCAUGCCGUGGGAGAAGGAUGUUGGUGUUAGAAAGAAGGACGCCACUCAACCACAAUGA